AUGAACAUUAAUAACUAAUUACUUAAGAUUGUGCAAGAUGUAUAUUAUUUAAAUGAUGUGAUUUACAGAUUUAAGCUGUUAUCAAGAGUGAGUACGAAAUCAAACCUAAUUUGGAUGAUAUUCUCAAGAUUCUUAAGUAGCAGGUGGCAAUUUUGAUCGAAUUAGUUCAACAAUAAAAAGGUGUAGAGUAUGAUCAAUUGGAGAAGGCAGUUUAAAAGGCAGAAGCUGAAAUUCGAAAUCAUGUUAGGGUAAACUUAAAAUGUAAUUGAUUAGUUAGAAUAACAAAUGAAGUUAUAUUCGGAUAAUCUACAGGAGAAAAUUGAUUAAUUGGAGAAAGAGAAGUUAGAAUUAUUGGAGAAAGUAUAAUAUAAUUUAUUAACAUAAAGAACAAAAGUUUGACAGCAGGUUAGGAAAGAAAGAUCUCAUCUCAAAAUUAAACUAGAGAAUCUAGUCCCAGCUUGUUCAAAAAAUCAUAUAUUUUGGGGAACCAAGUUUAUAAUAGGUAACAAGGGAAUCAACAAGAGGGUUGUGUAUAAGUUGCUUAGAAUUGUGAUAGUCAAUAAACACGAGAGAGAAGAAGUUCUGGGACUUAACAUUCAUAUAUGAUGAUGAAGAAUAUGUAAGAACAAAAUCUAUUAAGUAGUCGUGAGAAAGUGAAUAUGAAUGCUUCUUAAGAGAAAGUUAGUGAUAAGAGUUCUACGAUUCUGAAAUCACAAAAUAGUACUUCUUUAUUAAAGAUGUAUAACAUCCAGAAACUCAUCAUUAAAAAUUAGUAGGAUAAGCAAUUAUAAUAACUAAAGAAGUAAUGUUUAUAUUGUUAUUAAUCUUAGUAAAACAAUAAAUUAGAUAUUAGAUGACUCUCAAGCUACUAAAAAGAAACCUUGA